CGGUGCAAGAGCGCUUCUUCUUCUGUAGGCUUGAUUAUAAAACCUGAGUAAACGUUGCCAGACGAUCACAGAGCACGUGGAUGCCAUGAAGAAUGCAUCUAGGCCUAAUUAAACAUGGUCACUGAAGAGUUCAAAGACAUCAGCAUCUUAUAUCGGAUCACAUUGCAUCUUUCAGUAGAUUCGCACAACUCAUAGAAAAUGGCUAUACUGACUUCCUGUUGUUGUUUCAAGUCUAUCAGAAGAGGAUGUUUUGCAAGCGGAAUAUUCACUCUGGCUGUCUACCUGUUCAUCUUUACAGCAUGUUUAUUCCAGGCCCAUGCUGCAUACGAUACACCAGUUAUUUUCUUCGGAAAUUUGUUCAUGAUGAUCUUAGCAGCCAUGAGUGUGAUAGCUUCCGUGAUUCUGCUGAUUGGGGUUUUUGUGGAUCGUCGUAAGUUGCUGCUACCAUUUAUAGUAAUUGUCUCGUUCACUACUUUAUUACACAUGGUUCUUGCUUUGUAUUUCAUAACUGAAUCGCCAGUGAGCACUGUUCUGGGAAUUUUGUUCGUUACAGAUCUGGCAAUAUGUGUUAUCAAUGUCUAUUGUGUACUAUGUGCGAUCUCACAAUAUCAGGAAUAUUUGGAAGGACGAGGAGGAGGAAGACAACACGGCCAAUUUCAAUCAGUUCCUGUUGUUCGAUUCGACCGAGAAGGUAGUUCACCAUGUUCCAAACUUACUGUUCCAAGACUCGCCGUGAAUGGAAAACUUUCUCCUUGUUUUCUGGAAGUUCCCUCACCUAGUGCAUCUUGUAGCACUCCCUCUCGAUCACCCAUGUCAACUGAGCUCAGUUCUUAUGUUGAAGAACAAACGAUUAACGACAUCCCACGACUCAAUAUCAACGGUCUCGGUUCUAUCUCGAUAAAAAACAGUCUUCAAGUCAAAGGUGAAAUCGCCCCAGUAAUUAAAGUUAUUGUGACGGAGCAAGCUGAGCCAUCUAGUGACAGCAAUAUGAAAUCCAGAGAAUCUGAAAAUGGUUGUGAGAAUGAAUUGCCGAACAGUUGUUCGAGAACCAGAACUUCCCCAGUGGGGAAUCUUACAUAAAAUUUACGUUCUAACAGUAUAAGUGAGAAAAUAAGUGGCUAUCAUUAAAGAGAAAGUUAAAUAAUCUUUGAGUAAAUCUUUGAGUCUGAAAUACCUGUUACAUAAUAUAUUACCCUAUUACUCAAGGAUGCUAUUAAUUACAUUUUGAGAACGUGAAAUUAUCAAUUGUAACAAAAAAUGUAUUUCAACCUCUUAUUAUAGAGGUUCUUUUCUCAGAAAAUUGUGUAUAGUAACAAUAAUUUCUUAACAUGUUCGUCAAAUAGGCAUGUUAAUUGAAAGGAAAUAUUUUAAAUUUUCCUAUAGUAAGGAAUCUAAAAAAGCCAAAAAAACAACAUAUUGAUAACAAGUACAAUUUUCGGG